GACGUACGACGCACGUUUUGUAGUUCAGGGCGCCAAACAAAGCUAACGACCUAGUGGCUAAAAGUCUUGUGCUGAAGUUUUUAAUUGCACUUGGCGUUAAGUUUACAGGAAACAUGGCUUCGACGAGUAAAGUACCGGCACAGAGCAGAAACUUACCGUGGGUUGAAAAAUACAGACCACAGACACUUGAUGAUUUGAUCUCCCACAAAGAUAUUCUAAGCACCAUCCAGAGGUUUAUCAGCGAGGACAAGCUUCCCCAUCUGUUGUUCUACGGCCCCCCAGGAACAGGAAAAACCUCCACCAUCCUCGCCUGUGCCCGGCAGCUGUACAAGGACAAAGAGUUCAACUCCAUGGUGUUGGAGCUAAACGCAUCCGAUGACCGAGGUAUUGACGUUGUACGAGGUCCCAUUCUGAGUUUUGCCAGCACCAGGACCAUCUUCAAGAAGGGCUUCAAGUUGGUGAUACUGGACGAGGCCGAUGCCAUGACCCAGGAUGCCCAGAAUGCAUUGCGACGAGUGAUUGAGAAGUUCACAGAAAACACUCGAUUCUGUCUCAUCUGUAACUACCUGUCCAAGAUCAUCCCGGCCCUCCAGUCUCGCUGCACCAGGUUCCGAUUCGGCCCGCUGUCCCCGGACCAGAUGAUCCCUCGGCUGGAGCACGUUAUCCAGCAGGAGAGCAUUGACAUAAGUCCAGAUGGAAUGAAGGCCAUUGUGACUUUAUCAUCAGGUGAUAUGAGAAGAUCACUCAACAUAUUGCAGAGCACCAGUAUGGCGUACGGGAAGGUGACAGAGGACACAGUCUACACCUGCACAGGUCAUCCCCUCCGCUCAGACAUCGCAAACAUCCUCGACUGGUGCCUCAACAAAGACUUCACCACAGCGUACAACCUAAUCCUUCAGUUGAAGAGUCUGAAAGGUUUGGCUCUGCAUGAUAUCCUCACUGAGGUUCAUCUGCUCAUACACAGAGUGGACUUUCCUCCCAAUAUUCGAAUGGUUCUGCUCAUCAAGUUAGCCGACAUAGAGCACCGGCUUGCGUCAGGAACCAAUGAGAAGAUCCAGCUGAGCUCCAUGGUUGCAGCUUUCCAGGCAGUGAGAGACCUCGUGGUCAGCGAGGCUUCGUAGAUACGAUACCUGCUUCACCCCACCAUGAAAUUCUGUCUCUUGAAUGUGAGUUACAACCACAUGAAGAGAAAUACUGUCGAUACUUAGUGGGCCAGAGGCACUUGUUGGUGCAGCACAAUGCUACAUCUCACAUCCAGGUAGCAUUUUGCAAACCACUGUUAUUUCCUUGAAGAGAAAUGUCUUUCUAUGCUGUUCUGCUGCUGCCUUUGUUACUGUAACUAAAAUCUAUAUCGCUGUACGUCUACGUGGUGAGCAGUGAUGCCAUGAAGAGCACAGAAAAGGUCGCUUUUCUUGUCAAACUGGUGAUUUCGCUGAUUACCUUUUGCACUGUUUGAGAGAUUAUUAGUAAAAAUCACCAGUUAGUUGUUUGUUUAGAGGAACAAAAAGCUGUUCUUUGGUGUCCACUGCAUGAUUGCCCACCACACUGAUUCUACAGUGCAGCAGAUGUCUGGAACAAAUGCUAGCAGCUAUCUGAGUCACUCACAUCUGCAUACAGACUAAGCAAGAUGGAAGGCAGCCGUUUGUAGCUGCGGCACCAAAAAAAAAAAAAAAAUAAUAAAAAAAAAUCCAUCCUUUGGGCACUUACUUAAAAUAUGAGCUGGAAAAUGCAAAAUCUGAUUCUGUGACCAAGAAAUAAGAAUAAUAAUUCUUGAACAUGUACAUGUGUUUUAAUGUUUAAUAAAACUUUUUUUCCUAUAA